UGCCACCUAAAUGCGAAAGAGGAAGCGUACUUUUUUCUUUUCACAACCAAACAGUCAAUGAAACUGAAAAGUUUCAGAACUGUUUUAGGAUCGUAGAUCUUUAAGAUUUAAACACACAUCUCUUAUCUUCACACCCGCUUGUUUUAGUUUGUUCGGGUGUUGCCUGGAGCCGGAAACGAACACACAAACACACUCAUAGAAAAGUCCUCUCAACAGAACUCAUGGCAGGAUCCGGGCCAACAGCUGCUCAAGAUCUGACUGCGGUGAUGGAGACAACGAUGCAAGCACUUCAGAGCAAGUUUCAGGAUUUAUCUGGACAGAUCAUCUCCAAAAUGGAUGAGAUGGGAACACGUAUAGAUGAUCUGGAGAAGAAUGUUGCUGACCUCAUGACACAAGCAGGAAUGGAAGAGCAUCACAAAACAAAUGAUGUUGAAGAGAGGACAAGCUUGCCAAAGCACUGAAGAGAAAUUCUGCUGAAGUCUGAUGCCAACAGUGUGCUUUCCAAAUUAGUCCAUGCAUUUAGGUUUGCCAAGUGCCUACAUUUUCUAUGUGAUUUUGGUUACAAAUAUGUAGAUAUUUUAUUAAAAACAAUAAAAUAACUUUUUUUAGCUGCUUGAUUUCAAUCCUUUCCAAGAUUCAAAGUUAUCCUGAAACUUGAAUGAUAAACUUGAGUGCAAAUUACUAGAUUCUGCCCCACAACAGAACAUGUCCCACCGGCAGAAAUGACUUUAAAUAGAUCUUUUGAUUCCACUCAGUAAAAUUUCAAACAUUAUUGAAAGAAUCAGUUAAAAAUGUUUGAAGACUGAUUCCAGAAAUGUUCGUUUACACACACAACAA